AUGGGCUCCUGGGCUCACCGGUUCUCUGGAGUAAGGUCUGUGGAGAGGACAAGAAGCCUUCCAUGCCAGCCAAUGACCUGCAGAGGUUGCAAAUCAGAUGGAGCACAAUGUUUCCAAGACAUUGCAUAUGGAUUUGAGCUGUUUCCCAAGUGGGACCGUUUAACUGCAUCUGAUUUGUCUGCUACUCCUCAUGAUGGUUCAAAGUUCAGGAUAUCAUUCAAGGUGCAUUCACUGAGGAAGAAUGCUGCAAUCAAGGCCUACCGUAACUGCGAAACUGCGAAAUUGUUCCAUGAGAUGAGUUUGAAGAUGCUUUUUAUGGAACUAGGAUGCAAUGUAGACAUACAAUCAGAUGACUCUGAUAACAUUUCGUCUCCUGGUACUUGCAAGAGAUCCAAUUAUUCCAAGAACCAAUAA